UGCGCCGUGACCCGUCGAGGUCAUCCAUAUCGUCACCAAUGCUUAGAACGUUUGAGAGAACAUGUUGUGAUGUAGCAUUUUGAAAGGUUGCACCAUAUUGGCAGCCAGGAUGGAUUCAGUAAUGUCUUUGUCAGGAGAUCAAAGCGUUGUCAGGAAGUUGAAGUUGGACUCAUGGAAGUCGCACGCCAUUACAUUUACAGUGGGGAUGUUGGCACUCAUUGGAAUUCCAUACAUUCAUAUAGGAAUAAUCCACAGAUGGUUCUGGGUACCUGAGAAAGUGGGGAAGGUAGACAAGGGCACCUGCACCUGUAGCUGUUUUGACACAAUAUUUAGAGGCAGCUAUGAACGAGGAGUGACGGGAUACAAAAAUGUUUAUUUCAAUGCCACUGCUGGCAGCUUGCAGAUCUGGGCCCUUAUUGUGGGAUCUCUGCUCAUCAGUUAUGAGGUGAUUAGGUAUUUGAUAAAGGUGCUGAGGAAGGGUGCAGUACGUUGGACUUGGUUUUUCUUGUUUGCCUCCUCCGUCUAUCCACAUUAUUACUCAGUUUGGAACUACUUUAACUACAUAAACGAGAGGUUCUACUCCCAGUGGUAUCACCAGUUACUGUUCUCCACAACAGAAAUAAUCUCAACAGCAGUCGAUUUGAACCUCUGCAACAAAAACCAAGCAGUGACUUCUAGAAAGCUUUUGAUGGUGUUCAGCAUUAAUUUCAUGCACGUGGUUGUGGCUGGAAUCGACCAGUUUGUGGCUAAUGUGUUCCUUGGCAGAGGUUAUGCUUUCCAAGUGUUUAGAGACAUAGGAAUGACUCCGCCGGAUGUCCUCCAUAUCGUAGUCUGCCUGAUUGAGAUGUAUAGGAUUUCUAAGAGGCACGGACCAGGAAUGGGAACAGGCAGCAUCAUGAAAGAUUUGCCGUAUGCAGGAGCUUUUAUGGCUUCGUUUUUUAUUGUUAGUAAAAUGCUUUAAAAUGCAGCUGUUGUUCUUAUAUUGGCUACUAAUUAGCUUCAAGAUUUGCUGUUUUGUUAAUAAGUGAUAAACAGUUUUUAAUCAGAUUUUUAGAAUGUUAUGUAAUAUUCUUUAUCCGGUGUUAUGGCAGUAUUAAAGUAUUUGCUGCGGGUGGAUUAUUGUGAAUAACCAUAAUGUGAAACUGGUUUCCAUAGUAUUAUAUUAUGCCUUUUUUGUAUUCUAUUUUAUAUAUUGACUUCAAAGUAAAAAUUAGAUUUUAAUUUAGAAAUAAUCAGUAAAAUUAAUUUAUUACAUCAGAAAGGUUAGGUUAUAUUAUUAGUCCAGAUUAUUAAUAUCAUAGCUAUUUAUUCAGAGCUGUUGUGUAAGAGGGGCUUGCUGCUAGGGAGCGUCGAAAAUGUCGGAUAAGUUGGGGUAAUUCUCCAUGGGAAAGGUCAUCCCUAGAUAAGUCAAGUGCACUAAACGCCAGCCGAGAGCUCUUCCAUUAAGCAUGCACUUAUUACUAGCACUGAUGAGACUUUUCCGACUUUUGUCAGAAUUCCGACUUUUUCAGGGUCAUUUGGAUCAUUCUUGUGAAUCCUGUACCCUGGACCCCAGCCAUUUUUCCUACUUUUUCAGUGGGGACUGAUCUCAUCCCUGUACUAGUCUGUUAUUCAUUAUACCAUUAUACGAUUGCAAAGUAUUUCUUUUCACUUUGUGGGAAGACAGUAUAAUAGAAUAUAUUAUUGAAUUCUUUUUUUUUUUUGGGGGGGGGGGGGGUACAUACAUGUAUGAAUUUCCAUAUAUUUUGCAUUUUUGUGUUCUUUACAUCUUCAGCAAUGGUUAAGUUUCAGACAAUUUUUUUUCCAAUUCAGGACUGAAUUUUGCAUUUGAGUUUACCACUUAGGGUAACGUCAAAGAUCCAUUAAUUGCAACAUUUUUUUUUUUGCUUUUUUUCAUUCCAAAAUGAUGUCUGGUUUAAACAAUUAAAAUAUACCUUCUGUGUAGUAGUUUGUUAGGAUGGCAAUUUAUAUGAAUUUUAUGUACACCCAGUCAGAGCUUUCAUUGAGUAAUAAUGACCAGAAGUUCUUUUGCCACAAUAAAAAUAAUUACUCAGAUGAGAGAGAUUUCAAUGUGCCUCAUCCAUAUUUGAUAACACAUUCGAAUAUCUCUUAUGUGAGAAAAAAUAGAAACAAAGAAGUAUUUCAAUAAUAAUACAGGUAAUAAUAAUGGAUUAUGCUAUACCGGGUAUAUAAUCUGUACUCUGAAGGCUAAUAUUAUGUUAUGGCAGCUGAGGUUUUUGUUAUGUCACAUUAUGUAUACAAUGUAGAGCUGCUGUAUUAUUAAGUCAGAUUAGGCUGGCAACUGGUCCAAAGAUGAUGGCUACAUGUGUGACAAAGAAAGCCAGGAGUCUCAGGACUCACCGAUGGUUUGGUCCAAAUCAAUGGACUUCGGGUUUGGAUGUUCACAGACCCCUUGUAAAGGCAGUAUUUUUUAUUUUAAUUUACAUUUUUUGGUAAUUUUUUUCCAAGCAUGAAAGUAUUCUGAUCGAAAUGAAAAGUAUUGGUGUUGAAGAUGCUCAAGGUAUCCGUCACAGAGUUACAUUUUAUGUGCUUUUGUAUUAAUUUCUUGCAUAUUGAGAAUAAAGUUGUGAAUAUGUUA